AUGAAGGAAAACGUAGAAUGUAUUAAUAAUGAUUUUGCUGAAAUAGGGAAAACCCAAAAAAACGGUGAUUCAUGUAUAAAUGAUGAAGAUAAGAAAAAUAAAAAUGAAUAUUUUAAAAAUAACAAAUCAAGCAAUAAAACAAAUUUUAAAAAUAAAAAUUCUCUAAAAGAGAAUAAUAAAAAUGACUAUAAAAACAACAGUGGAAAUAUGAAGUAUGAUUCAAAUGAAAUAAAAAUAAUGAAAAAUAAAAACGAAGCAAAAAAGAAGAAUGAUGAAUUGAAAGAAGAAAAGAACAAGAAUAUGGGAAAGAUAAACACAUAUAAUGGAAAAGAAGCAAAGAAAAAAAAGGAAAUAAACAAAGAUUAUCAAAAAGAUAAUCCUAAAAAGAACUUUUUAGAAAAAAAAAAUGAAAUAAACAAUAAAGAAAAUAAUAAUGAACUCACAACAGAAAAUCAUAAUACAUAUAAGAAAAAUUUAAAUGAAACCCAUUUGAAUGAAAAUGGCAUACGUACUAAUAAUAUGAAUGAUAAUAAAUCAAAUGAUAUAAAUGGCAAUGAAAAUAGUAUAAAUAAAAACCAUUUAGAUCAAAAAAGUAAAACAAAUUCAAAAAAGGAAGCAGAAGAAAGCAAUAAUAAAAAUGAAAAUUAUCUACAGAAUUCCUGGGCUUUUUUAUUUGAUAGAGAAAAUAGAAAAUACUAUGAACAGUAUAUUAAUAGUUUAAUAUCAUUAGAAACAUUUAAUACAAUAGAAAGAUUUUACAAGAAUUAUAAAUAUAUGAAAUCUCCAUCUUCAAUAAAAGAAUAUUAUAAUAUUUAUCUCUUUAAACAAAACUUUAGGCCACUCUACGAAGAAUACCCAAAUGGAUUUAUUUGUAUUAUAAAAAAUGUAAAUUAUUUUAGAAAUAAUAUUGCUGAUUUAAUAUGGGAAAAAAUGGUUCUUUUAACAAUUGGAGAAGAGUUCAAUUUGGUUGAUUUAUCUGGUAUACAAUUAUGUAUAAGAGAAAGUGAAAUUUUUUUUAAAAUAUGGAUGAAAAAUUAUUCUCAUUAUUUAAAAAAUAUUUUAACGAAGAGACUAAGCGAAUUAUUAGAUUUGCCUUCAAACACAUCUAUAAUUAUAAAGAUAUUAUCUCAUGUAUGUUAUAACAGAAAGAGUUAUUUAAAAGAUAAAAGUGAAAAAGGAAAAAAAAUUUACAGUAAGAAUAAAGCAUCCGAAUAUCCUUCUAAAAAAGAUACAUUUAAAAUUAAAAAUUACGGUAGCAUAAGUCCACCAAAUUAUAUAGGAAAUUAUAAUAUUUAUAAAAACAGUAUAGAUACGAAUUUGUAUUAUUUAUAUAGUAAUCAAAAUAUUCAGAAUCCGUAUUUGUUUUAUCCUUUAAAUUUAUAUAAUCAUCAAUUCAAUAAUUAUUCUGAUUUUUUAUAUGAUUAUAAUUUAAAUUAUCCCAUAGAAAACUUAAGUCAUCCAUUAGAAAAUGAAAUAAAUGUAGAAAAUAAUUUUAUAAAUAAUCAACCAAAUGGAAUAAUUUUUGACAAAAAAAAUAAAUUUGAUUAUGCAAUAAAGAAUGAAGAUAAUAAAAAAAAUUUCACGUAUCCUAAUAAUUCUAAUGAAGUUUUAGAAGAAAACAAAAACUUUAUAAAAAUCCCCAAUACAGAUGAUAAUAAUAAAAAAAAAAAAUAA